UUCACACUCAGCGGCGUAGCAGCUAGCUCUCUAAAUUAUAAAAUAAAAGCAUAGCUGCAGCAGCUAGCUAGCAUUGAUGAUGAUUAUUAAUUCCUUCCAUCCAACCCGCAAAGCACUACACUAGCUACUACUAACUAAUCUAAUACUACCUCAUCCAUCAUCCAUCCCUGCGCUGCACAGAAAAGAAGCCAUACAAACAUACAUACAUCCCUCAAUUGACCUUCCAAUUCCUCUCUCUUUCUCUGGUUGAUGAGAGCGAAUUAAGGAGGGAGGAGAGGAGCAUGGCGUCGUCGGGUCAGGGUCAGGGUCAGGGUCAGUCCAAGCAAACGUACAGUAUAUGCUACUGUUUCAAACGGAGAUUUAGAGUGAAAGAAGCUCAAGUGCCUGCCGACAUCAAGCUGAAUGUGUUCCAGAAAUACUCUUCCGAGAAUGGAUCCAUGGGCGUUGAGCAUCUCCACAGAUUCUUGAAGGAGGUUCAGGGAGAAGCCAAUCUGAGCCUGGAAGAAGCGGAGCGAAUCAUGGAAUCCUUCCUCCACGACCACAAACACCUCAACAUUUUCCACCGCAAGACGCUCUACAUCAAUGAGUUUCUUCGCUACCUCCUCGCCGAUUCCAAUUCUCCCCUCCCUUAUCCUCCCGAGGUACACCAGGAUAUGAGUGCCCCAUUGUCCCAUUAUUUCAUAUACACCGGACAUAAUUCCUAUCUCACCGGCAACCAAAUCAGCAGCGCCUGUAGCGAAGAUCCCAUCAUAAAAGCUCUGCAGCGAGGAGUUCGUGUUAUCGAGUUAGAUAUGUGGCCAAAUUCCACCAAAGAUGACGUCGAUAUUAUGCAUGGAGGGACCCUGACGGCUCCAGUCAAACUGAUCAAAUGCUUGAGGGCAAUCAAGGAACAUGCUUUCUUGUCUUCAGAUUUCCCUGUCAUUCUGACAUUAGAAGAUCAUCUUACGUCUCAUCUUCAGGCUAAGGUAGCAGAGAUGGUGACUCAAGUAUUUGGAGACACACUGGUGAGUGAUGCAUCAGAUUGCGUGGAGAAUUUCCCAUCGCCAGAGUCAUUAAAGAGACGUGUGAUCAUCUCCACAAAACAUCCAAAGGAGUAUCUGGAAACAAAGAGUUCAAUAAAAGAAGAUGGGGAGAGCGUAAAGUCCCACAAGUCAUCAUCUGAAUUAGAAACUGCAGAGUCAGCCUGGGGAAGAGAAUUAUCGGAUUUAGGAGUGCAAGUGAAAGAGGAGGAAUUGGAGUUAGCAGAUGAGGUGGAUGAAGAGAGUCAAAUAUCGGAGCCAAAUGCAAAUGCACCACCCGAGUAUAAGCGUUUGAUCGGGAUCCGCGCACAGAAAAUGAAAGGCGGGAUUAAACCAUGGCUGAAGGUAUGCCCCCAGAAUAACGCGCACAGAGUGAGCUUGAAUGAAGAGAAGCUACAAAAGGCUGUGGUAACUCAUGGAACAGACAUCGUUCGAUUCAAUCAACAGAACUUGAUGAGAGUAUAUCCAAAAGGCAUGAGGAUUGACUCGUCCAACUACAAUCCUUUAGUGGGGUGGAUGCAUGGGGCGCAGAUGGUUGCAUUCAACAUGCAGGGACAUGGCAGGUUUCUUUGGCUGAUGCAGGGAUUUUUCAGAGCUAAUGGUGGGUGUGGUUACGUGAAGAAGCCUGAUUUUCUAAUGCACCAUGAUCAAGUCUUCGAUCCCAAACGCAAAUUACCUGUGAAAACCACCCUCAAGGUGAAAGUCUACAUGGGAGAAGGCUGGAAUCUUGAUUUUCAUCGUACUCAUUUCGAUCUGUAUUCUCCCCCAGACUUCUACGUCAAGAUAGGAAUUGCGGGAGUGGGAUCUGAUUGGGGACAGAGUAUGAAGCGGACGAGGGCGAUAGAAGACAACUGGAACCCAGAAUGGGAUGAGGAGUUCGAGUUUCCAAUAUCCGUUCCGGAGCUGGCAUUGCUUAGAAUCGAAGUCCAUGAGUUCGACAUGUCGGACAGGGAUGAUUUUGGAGGGCAGACAUGCCUUCCUGUUUGGGAGCUGAGAAGCGGGAUUCGAGCAGUGCCCCUCCAUGAUCAAAGAGGCGAUAGAUACAAAUCUGUCAGGCUACUCAUGCGCUUCAACUUCGUCUAAACUCUAAACUAAACAUUAUAUUUCAACUUCAUUCCUACUGGCUAUAUGUUCCGUUCUAUGAUUAUAAUAAUUCAACCUUGUCCUGUCCAUUUAUGCAUGUAUGUAAAUGGUAAUGGUCUGAAUGUAUGUAUGUAAACUCAAGAAUCAGGCAGUUAGUACUGUUUGGAUUCGAUUCUCUGUGAUUAUAUAUAUCUAUAAAUAAAAAAAUAGCCUAAAUAAAUGGUUGAAUGAGGUAGCGAGGGGAUGGACUCAUUCUUUGAGCUGCCAAAAUUUAAAUUUGGAUGAAUAUGAGUUUCAUUCUCCUGUUUCA